AUGUUUUGUAUCUAUCAGAUAAGGCUGAGCAUAGAGACAGGUAUCGCCUUCAAAAUGCAACAAGAUAUGAAGAUAAAGACAGGAAUGUCUCACUGGAGACUCAGGUUCCCCGCUGACACUUUACACAGGGCUGGACUGGGGUCCCUGUUGCUUCUUCUGCUGCUGCUUCUGGUGUCAGGGUCUUGCACCGAAACUGUCAAUUUCCUCACCUUUGAGGAAGAAGCCCUCGGCACCUUCAUCGGUGUUCUGUCUGACCACAUCCUGUUUAAUUCCCAGCGCGAGGUGCCAGGCCAGUUCCGCCUGAUUAAGAUCAACAGCUCGCUGGUCCAGGUGCAAGAGGGCGACGUCCUCAGAGAUGCGGGCCUGGACCUCCAGCGGCUGUGCGGCCAGGCCUUCAAAGUGGUAAGCUUUUAGCAAGAGCAGUUCCGGCUGGUGCACGUGGAGGUGGAGGUGAGGGACGUCAACCACCACGAGCCACGCUUUUCCCGGGCCCAGAUCCCGGAGGAGGUGUCUGAGGGCGCGGCCGUGGGCACGCGCAUCCCCCUGGAGGUGCCCAUAGACGAGGACGUGGAGGCCAAUGGGCUGCAGAGCGUUGCCUGGCCGCACAGCCCCUUGCGCGUGGAGCUGCAGACGCGCGCGGACGGUGCCCAGUGCGCCGACCUGGUGCUGCUGCAGGAGCUGGACGGCGACAGCCAGGCCGCCUACAACCUGGAGCUGGUGGCCCAGGCCGGAGGCCGCCCACCGUGCUCCGCCACGGCCGCCCUCAGUGUGCGCGUGCUGGACGCGAACGACCACAGCCCGGCCUUCCCGCAGGGCGCCGUGGCCGAGGUCGAGCUGGCGGAGGACGCGCCCGUGGGCUCGCUACUGCUCGACCUGGACGCGGCGGACCCCGACGAGGGCCCCAACGGCGACGUGGUGUUCGCCUUCGGCUCCCGUACCCAGCCCGAGGCGCGCUGCCUCUUUCGCCUCGACCGGCGCUCGGGCCGCCUCACCCUGGCUGGGCCCGUGGACCACGAGCGCCAGGACACUUACGAACUGGACGUGCGGGCGCAGGACCGCGGCCCCGGGCCCCGCGCCGCCACCUGCAAGGUCAUCGUGCGCAUCCGCGACGUCAAUGACAACGCGCCGGACAUCGCCAUCACCCCGCUGGCCGCCCCGGGCGCGCCUGUCGCCUCGCCCUUCGCCGCCGCCGCCGCUGCUCUCGGGGGUGCGGACGCGACCUCGUCGACCGGGCCCGGGACGCCAGAGGCCGGAGCCAUCUCCCUGGUGCCAGACGGGGCGGCACGCAAGAGCCUGGUGGAGCUGGUCAGCACCUCGGACAGGGACUCGGGAGCCAACGGGCAGGUGCGCUGCGCCCUCUAUGGGCACGAGCACUUCCGACUGCAGCCGGCCUACGCGGGCAGCUGCCUGGUGGUGACCGCGGGGUCGCUGGACCGCGAGCGCAUCGCCGAGUACAACCUGACGCUGGUGGCCGAGGACUGCGGCGCGCCCCCGCUGCGCACCGUACGGCCCUACCUGGUGCGGGUGAGCGACGAGAACGACAACGAGCCGCUCUUCACGCGGCCGGUCUACGAGGUGUCGGUGAGUGAAAACAACCUGCCCGGGGCCUACUUGGCCUCGGUGGCCGCCAGGGACCCGGACCUGGGCCGCAACGGCCAGGUCACCUACCGGCUGCUGGAGGCCGUGUCCACCUACGUCUCAUCGGACCCCGUCACCGGGGAGCUGCAGGCAUGACAGCGCUUUGACCGCGAGGAACUGGCUGAGCUGCGGCUGGGGCUGGAGGCGCUCGACGGCGGCUCUCGGCCGUUCCGGGGCCGGGCCGUGAUGCGGCUGCAUGUGGAGGACCAGAACGACCACGCUCCUCGGCUGGUGACCCCGCCGCUCGUCAGUGACUCAGCCCAGGCCCCUCUGCCCCGGGACGCGCCCCUGGGCUACCUGCUGACCCGACUGCAGGCUAGGGACACGGACAAAGACCUCAACGCGGAGCGACUGCGGCCCCGGGGCGCUAGCGCUACACCCGGCCACGGGACACAUUCAAACCCAGAUGAGUUUAGUGUGAGAGAUAGUGGAAAAGGAGACAGUGAAUUGAAUGAUAACAGUUCUGAUAUCAAGAAAGCACUUUUUGGAAUGAUUGCAAAGCAAGAGGCUUGUGUGGUUCUAUCUGUCAGCAGGCAGAAGCCUUCCUCCCCUGCCUACCUGAGCAUCCUGCAGGGCGCGGCUCAGCUGUCGUCUCCGAGCAAUUUCCCCGAGUGUGAGUCGCAGUGUUUGAGUGAUAACCUAAACCUGUCUAAACUUCGUGAAGCAUUCAAGGCGAAGAUGGAAGGAGAUAGCGUGGGAGCUGGUAGAGGAGUGCCAGUGUGGGCACUGGUGUUUGUAUUUUUCACCAACUUUUCCUGGCUCCCGGAGGACAUCCGGCAGACCUGUGCUUUAGAGUUCAGUUCUUUUCAAGGUUACUGA